GCUUACUUAUACUGCAUUUUAGUCGAAAAAAAUCGCCUUAGGAAAUCUCAAUAACAGCCUAAAUUUCAUAAAAUAAAACUUCUAUCUUAUUUCAAAACUUAAUAAAAUGCGAUCAGCCACUUCUGAAAAUAAUAUUCUCUUCCUUUGCGGUUAACUUUAUUCCCCUUCAGUUCGUCUACUUUUGCUGCAUUGGAGUCGAAAAAGUUGACAGGGGAGGCCCGAUAACCCCGUCCCAAAGCCUACCCUAUACUUUUUUCGCCUCUAAGUUUCUUGUCGUAUGCCCUCACAUUUCCCAUGAUUCCUCGACUCUUUCUCUCUCCGGAAACGGGGGUAGGGCAAUCAGGGGGUAGGGUGUAGAGGGAGUGAAAUUCCGUGGAAAACCGGAUCGCUGUUUAUUCGCUUCCAAACUCUCUUAUGGGAUGGUUGCAUUUCGGUCUAGCUAGUCUAUGCUUCAAUUCUACGUACGUACCAUGCAUUGUGGCGUGGGUAUUUUAUUUGUUUAGAUGAAACUGUGCUGUUUAUGUACUUAAGAAGAUAGUUCGAAUUGGAUUGUAUGUGUUAUGUGAAAUCUUGAUCUGAAUAUUUAUGCCGCACUGAGCAUGAGCGCAUAAUAAAUAUGGAUGAAAAUUCAAGCGUAAUUUUACUUGAUGACUAAAGGCUUAGGCAUGCAGUCUUGACCGAACGUGACUGAAUGGCUUCGUGUCAUCAGCUCCGCUGGGUCUCAACCCUGGUUUUUCUCUGUUUCACAUUCCAAACAAUUGCCACAACAGAGGAGGAAGAGCCAGAAUUUACCCGAGAGCAGUACAAUGUCACGAUUCCGGAAAACUCGAUUCCAAAGACGCAGGCCAUCUCUAAAGAGAAGAUGGGAAUAUUUGUUUCUGACCCGACGCUCCAAAUACGAUAUAAGAUAGUUUCCGGUGACCCCGAUCGGUUUUUCAAGGCAGAAACUAGGCUUGUUGGCGAUUUUUGGUUUCUUAUGAUUCGAGUUCGUACUGGCAAUCGAGCUGUUUUGAAUCGAGAGUAUCAAGAUACGUAUCGUUUGAUCGUUCGGGCCACCGUCACGUCCGAUCUGAAACGAGCUCUUAAGUUAAAGGCUCAAACGGAAGUCAUUGUUCAUGUUACUGAUACAAAUGACAUCCCACCAUCGUUUUAUCCACCUUCUUAUGAUGUAAGCGUUGCCGAAGACAAACCUUUGCACACCAGUAUACUUCAGAUAAGUGCUCAUGAUCCUGAUUUAGGCAUCAAUGGGGAAAUUUAUUAUAAUCUGGCUGAACCUAGCUUACAAUUUGCUGUGCAUCCAACUCGUGGUAUUCUAACGUUAACACGGCACCUUGACUAUCAAAAGCAACCUCUUCAUACUCUUACGAUUCUUGCCAGAGACCGAGGGAUUAAAUUUAGAGCUCUUGACUACACGUCUCGUUCAACAACUGUAACCGUUAAAGUCACGCCUGUUAACCUGUAUCCACCUGAGAUAUUCGUUCGUCAAUUUUCGGCCUUACUAUCCCCAUCUGAUCCCAACAUCUAUGCUGUUGUUAGAGUCAUUGAUAAAGAUCUCGGUAUCCAUGGAGAACUUGAUGCUCUGGAAAUAAUUGAUGGCGAUCCUUCCGGUAUGUUUCAAGUUACACCUGGAAACAAACAAAAUGAAUAUAAUAUUGAGUUAGUUCACCCAUCCUUGAGAGAUAACAGCAUUUCUGAGGAUUACACAAUAACACUUCGUGCCAAAGACAGAGGUACUCCUCCGCGAACUACAACUCAGGUAGUCAACGUUAGACUGGCAGAAACGGCUGAUACUAAUCCAGUAUUUGAACAAGCAGAUUAUGAUAUAGAAGUUGAAGAGAUUUCACCUCCUGGGUCAAGAAUCCUACACAUGAAAGCCACUGCUCCUGAACAUAAACCUAUCGUUUACAGAAUCGAGAGUGGCAACACGAAUGGAACUUUCACAAUUCAUAUGAAGUCGGGUUUGUUGACACUGGCUACGUUUUUAGACAAGGAAACGAAACCUUAUUAUUCGUUGACAGUUAGUGCCUUCGAUCCAUCAUCAAGAGGUCAGAAGAAAAAAUCAACAGCUAUCGUUAAUAUCCGAGUUUUGGAUAACAACGAUAAUGAUCCUGUUUUCAAUAAUACCAUGGAUUCUGUUGUUUUCGACGAAAAUAAACCAUCUGGAAGUAUUGUGUAUACCGCAUUUGCAAGUGAUAGAGACGAAGGGGAUAAUGGUUACAUCACUUAUAGUUUAGCUAAUAUAAAUCCAGUGCCCUUUACUAUGGAUCCAUUUACAGGGGAGAUUCGAGCUACAGAAAUCCUUGAUUACGAAACAAUGAGACGCGAAUACGUUUUAAAGGUUCGAGCUUCCGACUGGGGUGCACCCUACCGGCGUCAAGCGGAAAUGACUCUUAAAGUUCGUUUAAAAGAUGUCAAUGAUCAUCGACCUUUGUUUGAGAAAGUUGGGUGCAAAGGAUAUGUUUCUCAAUCUGCUCCUAUUGGCACCGAAGUCAUUACUCUUUCGGCUAUUGAUUUCGAUUACGGAAGUACAGUUAAAUACCGCAUGGUACCAUCAAAUGACGAUCCUUGUUUCAGAUUGGAAGCAAUGUCAGGUGUCUUGAGGAUAACUUGCGAUCUAACCAAAAUGAAUAUUAGAGAAAGAAUAAUUAACGUUUCAGCGACUGAUGGCACUCAUUUCGCUGACGUAAUGUCCAUACAAUUAAAAAUAAUUAGCAGUGGUAAUAAUCAAAGACUAGCAGACAGAGGGGCAUUAAUGGAAUGCCGAGAUGUGGGAGUUACAGACAAAUAUAAGAAACAGCUGAAUCUUGCCAAAGCUAACAACAGGAACAAUGACGUUACAGAACCCACCCCUACAAGCUUUUCAGGAAAUAGAUAUCCCCCUGAAUUCCCUUUGGGACUGCCUACAGAAGUCUGGAUAAACGAAAGCCUUCCGGUGGACUCCGAAGUUACUUCAUUAAAAGCAAAAGACAAAGAUAGAGGCUAUAGCGGUCUUUUAGUCUAUGUAAUCACCUCCGGUGACGAAUUUAACUUCUUUAAAAUAGAUUUACAAACGGGUAAACUAUUUGUAGACGCACCAUUAGAUAGGGAGUUUAUUUCCGAGUACAAUUUAAACAUAUCUGCUUAUGACUUGGGUAAUCCCCAAAGGAGUGCUUCUAGGACGCUUUUAAUCCACGUUGAUGACAUUAACGAUAACAAGCCCAUCUUUGAGAAAAGCUCUUACAAUUUCGUUAUUACCGAAAAUGCUAAAAAUGGCACUAGUAUUGUGAGAUUACGCGCCAACGACAAAGACGAAGGUUUAAAUGCAGAAUUGAGAUUUCAUUUGGAAACAGAUGUCGACGAGUUUCAUAUCGACGAAAUGACCGGUUUACUUACAGUGUUUGGUAGUCUGGACCGUGAAAAAACCGAAGCCUAUCAAUUAAGAACGAGAGUGGUUGACGGGUCACUAGAUAACCCACUUUCUUCCACAGCAGUGGUAAAUAUUCGAGUUUUGGAUAUCAACGACAAUGCGCCCUAUUUCAGUCUGAAGCAGUACUGGGUGAAAGUGCGCGAAGAUUUGCCUCUGGGUGUUGUGGUUAUCGUCAUGGUUGCCAGUGAUCCAGAUUUGGACGAAGGUGGUGAAAUAACAUAUUCAUUGUCUGGUGAUGAUACCUUCACGAUUGAUCCUUUGAUGGGCGUUAUUCGUUUAUCGAAAGCUCUUGAUUUUGAAACGAUUCAACUAUACAAUGUUACUAUAACUGCUAGAGAUGGCGGUGACCCCUCUUUGGAGUCUCAAGCCUCUCUUGUUGUAGAAGUGGAAGAUGUUAAUGAAAAUAUGUUCCCACCCACAUUUGAAGAUGUUGUAGUUGUUGGUCAGGUUAUGGAAAACCAACCUAAAGGUACAUUGGUGCUUACAGUUUCUGCAAUUGAUGCAGAUCCUCCUGGACUGAAUAAUCAGUUUACUUAUUCCAUAUUGGAUGGGGAUGGAAUGGGAUUCUUUUCAAUUGAUGACAAAGGUGAGUACAAAUUAAAAGUAUAAUUCAUGAACUCUGCAUGUGCAAUCUUACUGUAAUGUUCAUUAGUAAAAUACCACUAACAAAAACUAUCUAAUUUUAUUUUCUUAAUUACAUUCUUCCUGGCAUAUUUUCAAUCCCGAGGAUGAAAAUUUUGAAGUAAAUUUUUUGUGUGUGUUACGUUUUUCAGGCGCUAUUUGUCAUUGAAAUUUAUCAUCACUUGUUGUUCAGAGAGUUGGCCGAUUUUGAUAAUCUUGUUUUUUCUUCUUAAUACUUUUUUUUCUAUUUCGCUAAUUGUUUUAUAAUUAUUUGAGGCGUAUUAUUUGUCGGUGUUAAGAAUUGCAUAAUUUUUACAUUUUAUGUAAUGGUAUGUUUGCCCCACUCCCCACCCUUCCUUAUUCUGGACGUGUUAGUGGCGUUAAGAAUUUUGAAUUACGAAUUUUUUUAAGCCACAGAAAUUUUAUGUUUGCCUCACUCCCCUGUCUUAUACCCACCGCCUAUUUUAUUUCAAGAAGUUUUAAUCUUGUUCCAUGAAAAGCUUUUAGACUCGAUAAAUAUUUCUGAGAAAUUCGGAGCGAAAUUUUUUUUUUAAAUAUAUUGAAUCUUUUUUAAAAAAAUCGCCAAUUUGGCGAGCUUUUUCUUACCCAUGUUAAACUCAUUAAAAUUACUUAACAAUUUCCAAAUUUUGCUUAUUUUUAUGAUCACAUACAAUGCAGCGUUAAAAUAAGUAAUGUAGUUAACAAAUGCUUUUCAUUUUCACGAAACUGUGACUUUUCCCUAUUUUGACAUUUAACGUCAUUUUCAUUGAUAGUGUUGGCUAAAGGUAGGUAAAACUUUACAGUUACGAACGACCGCUAUUUUCACCGGUAAUCAAAUUAACAUAUUUGUGCUCUGAAAAGCGUUGUAUAUAAGAUAACAGUGCUUUCUUAAAACAACCAUAAGCAUUUCCGUUUAAUUUGUUACACAGAUCCUAGACUUAUGGCGUAACUACCACUACAAUUAUUAAAUACUAAUUCAAUUAUAUAUAAGUCAUGUUAACUUGAUACAAUCUUGGGGUACCUUUCGAUAGAUCCCGGUCCCCUCUGCAGAGGAUCAAAAUUGUGAUGGCUUGUCUUCGGAUCAUCCUCGGGGAUGUUUCCCAAAACGUCGCGAAUAGCCCAUUGUGCAGCUCUAGUGCGACGUAAAUAAGCUACAACUACAAUCGAUAGAUACCGGUUAGCCCCAUAUUGGUAGUCUACGGAUAUGAUAAGAACCUAAGAACUCCCAUACCUCUGCAUUUACGUCCACUUCGAUUAGAACACGCCUAUUUCGAUGGAUGAUCCACAUCGAACAGUUAACUUGUUAUUUGUGACUGCGUUACUGUCCUCCUCACGCUAUUACUACUCCAUCACACACUCGGCGUCUAAUAGCGACCACGGCGGAAACGAAAUCCCCGCAGAUUAUCUAACUGAGCCAAGUUUGUGAGAAAUAAUAUUGCCAUUUAUUUUAAACUAUGAGAAAUUUUGAAUUUUAAACCACCAAUUCAUAUUCUACCUUAAUCAAGAUAUAUAUGCAAUAUUUCAUCUAAGUUUUCUUGCAUAAUAGUGAACAAUUCGCUUCCAAAUUGCAGGCGCACCCAAAAUUCCAGGAAAUGCUAGGAUUUACAACAAUAGAAAGCUCAUACAAGUGCCUUUAUGCAUAUAAUACUAUUACCUCAUUUGAUUUUGGAUGUUGGUGGAAGCUAUAAUUAAAGCGCAUAUCUACGUUGGGGGAUCGCAAUAGGUAAUUAAAAUGUCGGACUCGCUUUCUAUUAUAUCCUGGUUUCCAUUGUAAAUAGUUCAUUCACGUAAUGUGAUUCAGUGACAAUAGGCAGGGAUAUAUGUUUACUGGCGAGCACUAAAUCUCUUGAAUCCUGCAUGAGUAUACAGAAAGGAAAACAUUAUCAAAUAGAACGUACAAAUUUGUAGGACAUUUAGGAACUUAUUUCAGCUAAUUGUUUAUAUUUCCUUAUUGCCUUUUCAUCAGAUUGAGCAGCACUUUGAUCAGUGAAGCUCUGAAGAUUAUAUUAUUUGUUUUGUGUAUCGAAUGAAUAAUGGAACAAUUUUGGUAAUAUCGCAUUCUAUUGUUUGAGUUGAAUUGAGGAAUUUUUCAAAUAUAUAUAUAUAUAUAUAUAAAAGUCUGACUGAACUUCGAUAAAUUUCACCUUUCGAAUUUUGUAUGUUGAUUUAGAUUCUGGUAUUGUUUAUAUUUUUAUUUCACUCGUUUUGAAAUUGAUUCAUAUUCCUCACGUGAAUACUGACUUAGCAGUCCUGGUUUUUCCUCAUACGAUUUUUACAUCAUCGAUCUUUGAAAGAAAAUUGACGAUUUCUGUUCUACGCAGAAGUGCAGCAGAUAGUUUUGGACUUAUUCAAGUAGCAAGAAAAGAAAGAGAAGUUUUACCGCACGACUUUAUUCAACGUGGUGGAACAGUGGGUUGAUUGUCUUUAAAUGCGCCAGGUGAUUUCUCUUGAUUGGCUACCCAAAUUUAGACAGUACAGUGCUCAAAAGGAAUUUUUUUCUCAAUAACAUGU